AUGUCCGCAAAUAUGUGCUCCCACAGCUUCCCGUCAUCCAACACGUCGUUGACGCGGUCGGGCCAGUCUCAACAACCUCAAUCCGGGUUCUCCCAGAAUCGAGGAGCAGCUCAAGGCGGACGUCCCUCCACACAGGAGAAAGGAGGACCGACCGCCACAGCUCCGUUCCUGCAAGACUUUAGUCUCGUGGCCGAGGCAGCGAAGCGGGCGCAGAUGGCUGUCCUUACGAGGGACUUAGAAGGCGUUUCUCUAUAA